AUGGGCGCCGAAAACAAAUACUCGGUCAUCCUGCCGACCUACAACGAGCGCAGGAACCUCCCUAUCAUCGUCUGGCUCCUGGAGCGGACCUUUCGCGAGAACAACCUAGACUGGGAAAUCAUCAUCGUCGAUGACGGCAGCCCCGACGGCACCUUGGACAUCGCCAAACAACUCCAAAAGCACUACGGCGCGAACCACAUCCUGCUGCACCCCCGAGCAGGCAAACUCGGUCUAGGAACGGCCUACAUCCACGGCCUCCAAUUCACGACCGGCAACUACGUCAUCAUCAUGGACGCCGACUUCAGCCACCACCCGAAAUUCAUCCCGGAGAUGAUCCGCAUCCAGAAGCUGGGGGACGCCGACAUUGUGACGGGCACACGGUACGCGAGCCGCGAUGGCAUCAAGGGUGGUGUGUACGGAUGGGAUUUGUUCCGCAAGUUUACUUCCCGCACGGCGAAUCUUAUUGCGGAUGUGAUGUUGAUGCCUGGGGUGAGUGAUUUGACGGGCAGUUUUCGGUUGUAUAAGAAGAGUGUGUUGGAGAAGGUUAUUCAUAGUACGCAGAGUAAGGGGUAUAGUUUUCAGAUGGAGAUGAUGGUCCGCGCAAAGGCCAUGGGGUUCAGGGUUGCGGAGUGUCCGAUUACGUUUGUGGAUCGGUUGUAUGGCGAGAGUAAGUUGGGGGGAAGUGAGAUUGUGGAGUAUUUGAAGGGGGUGGUGACGCUUUGGUUGAAGGUUUGA